GCCGGGAGCCGCUUCGGGAGCGGGAGCCCCCGGGGAGGAGCGGCUCGGCAGCCGGCACCCACCGCGUGGAGGGGCGGCGACGGCGGCGGCCGGAGAGACGUCGGGAAGCGAGCGGAACCGCCAUGGCCGAGUUCCCGUCGAAAGUGAGCACGCGGACCAGCAGCCCCGCGCAGGGCGCCGGCGCCUCGGUCUCCGCGCUGCGCCCGGACCUGGGCUUCGUGCGCUCCAGCCUCGGUGCGCUCAUGCUGCUGCAGCUGGUGCUGGGGCUGCUGGUGUGGGCCCUGAUUGCCGACACCCCAUACCACCUGUACCCGGCCUACGGCUGGGUCAUGUUCGUGGCUGUCUUCCUCUGGCUGGUGACAAUCGUCUUCUUCAUCCUCUACCUGUUUCAGCUGCACAUGAAAAUGUACAUGGUGCCCUGGCCACUGGUGUUAAUGAUAUUCAACGUGGGUGCAACUGUUCUCUACAUCACGGCCUUCAUCACCUGCUCUGUCGCUGUGGAGCUGACGUCCCUGAAGGGCACCAGGCCGUAUAACCAGCGUGCGGCCGCCUCUUUCUUUUCGUGUUUAGUGAUGAUUGCCUACGGAGUGAGCGCUUUCUUCAGCUUCCAGGCCUGGCGGGGAGUGGGCAGCAAUGCAGCCACCAGUCAGAUGGCUGGGGGCUACGCCUAGACCACGCGUGCCAUGGCCCCCUUGGGGCCGUUGGCUGCAGCCAGGUCCCAGCGUGGGGCGGCCCGCAAGCCUGAGGCCUGAGCCCUCUGUGGAGUCGGCCUAGAAGGGACUACGCUUGCUCUGCUCUGCUCGUCAGACUCCUAAGGAAUCAGGAUCGUUCCUCUGGUUUGGCCCAAGUCAGCACACACAGGGGCUGGAAGGAGGCCAGUGGCUGGGACCGCCUGCCCAUCCUCCGUAUGUAGUGGAAGGCGACGGGGGAUACGGGCCUCUCAGUGUCUCUGCUUUGUCUUUAGAAGACUUCAGUGUCCCAGGCUGGGGCCCAGGCUUCUCACCAACACUAAGUACACUAACAGGGACUCCAGACCUGCAGCCCCUGACCUUCUGUAGAAUAAGCCUAACAAACCAUGUGUAUUUAUCUUAGUCUUUGUUCUGGGACUACAGAGCAAGUUUUUGAAACUGGUCUGGGUCCUUAAAACACAGGGGGUUUUUUGUUGCUGUUUUUUGGGUUUUUUUGUAAGUAAGUCUUGAACUCACAACCCUGAGAUUGAGACCUGAGCUAAGAUCAAGAGAUGGCCAUUUAACUGAGUGAGCCACCCAAGUGCCCCCCCCCCCCCGCCCCGGCCCAUAAAACACAAUUCUGACCCUCCCCCAAAUGAAAGGCUGCUUCGAAAACCUUGGCAGAAAGAGGGGUAUGAUUUCUGAUGGCAUGGUCUUCCUUUCCUGCAUUUCAAACGUACGCGUGAUUUCAAACAAUCUGUUGGAAGCAACUUCUCAGUGAUGAAAUACCCAGCCAGCCUUCCCUCCCUCCCUCCCUUGUUUGUAACACUCCCUUGGGGAAAAGCUAACCAUGCCGACUGCUUCCCUGACACUGUUGAUGAGGCACGGGGGACAUGAAGGAGGGAGGGAAUCAAGACCUUGCCUGGUAAGUUGUCCUGUGCUUGGUGGUGACUUUGUUCUUUGGGUUUUUUGUUUGUUUUUUUUUUUUUUUUAUAAAAAUAAAGAUGGAAGAAUUUAUUUGGAAAA